GAGACCACUUUUGUUGUGUUUCGGACUGAGACAUACACACAUGUUUUCUUUCUUCAGUUCAUCAGUUUAUAUAUAUGUUUGUUUGUUUGUUUGGUACUAGUUACAUAAAUAAAUAAAUUUCACUUGUUCACAUGCAGAAGCAGAAGACGAAUAGAGGUAGAUUUUUCAACAUGAUUAGUUUAUUUUCUGAGCAAUGAUUGAGUUGAGUUGAGUAUAUAUAAAAUCAAAUCUUGCUGCAAGAGAAGAGAAGAGAAGAGAAGAGAAGAGAAAUAGAUUCUGUUAGGUAGUAGCAAAGUUGAAACCUUUUUCAAGUAAAGAAAGAUAAUAACAAAACAAAACAAGAUGAAGUCCAUGAAUGACAGUAGUAACUCUGAUGACAGAAACAACAAUCAUAACAACAAUUGGUUAGGUUUCUCUCUCUCACCCCACAUUUCUACUUCUUCUUCUCCUCAUCAUCAUUACCAACAUACUCAAACUUCUUCAGUUUCCAACACUGUUCCUACUUCUUUCUAUUUUUCACCUUCUCACUUCACCAACUCAACAAUCUGCUAUGGUGUUCCUGAAAAUGGUAACAACUUUCAUUCACCUAAUUUGACUGUUAUGCCUAUCAAGUCAGAUGGAUCACUUUGUAUCAUGGAAGCUCUUGGUAGAUCACAAUCACAAGUGAUGGUGCCAUCUUCAUCUCCUAAACUAGAGGACUUUCUUGGUGGUGCAACAAUGGGUAGUGAUGAAUAUGGUAGCCAUGAAAGUGAGGCAAUGGCUUUAAGCUUAGACAGCAUCUACUAUAAUAACCAACAAAAUGCAGAUCCUCAUCAAGCUAAUAGAGACCAUUCCCUUGACCUUCUUUCAGAAUCUUUCAGACAACAAACAUCACAUCCAUAUUAUGCAGCACUUGGUUUCCAUGGCCUAUUUCAAGCACCAUUAGAGGUAGAAUCAAAGGAAAACAUUAACCAUGUUGAUGUUUCUACUUCCCAAAUGCCUCAAAACUGGUAUCCUGCUUCUCAGGCUUUAGAGCAGCAAAUGGGGAAUCACAAUGGUGGAGUUGGUGUUGGUGGUUCUUCUACUGUUGUUGGUUCUGUAGAAAGUGGUGAGUUACAAUCUUUAAGCCUUUCAAUGAGCCCUGGUUCUCAAUCUAGCUGUGUUACUGUUCCUAGACAGAUCUCACCUACUGGAACAGAAUCAGUGACUAUGGAGGCUAAAAAAAGAGGAGCUGCUAAGCUUGGUCAAAAGCAGCCUAUUCAUAGGAAAUCUAUUGACACUUUUGGACAGAGAACAUCUCAGUAUAGAGGUGUCACAAGGCAUAGAUGGACUGGUAGAUAUGAAGCACAUUUAUGGGAUAACAGUUGCAAGAAGGAAGGACAAACAAGAAAAGGAAGACAAGUAUAUUUGGGUGGUUAUGAUAUGGAAGAGAAAGCUGCAAGAGCUUAUGAUCAAGCAGCUCUUAAGUAUUGGGGACCUUCAACACACAUAAACUUCCCGCUUGAAAACUACCAUACUCAACUUGAGGAAAUGAAGAAUAUGACAAGGCAGGAAUAUGUUGCACAUUUGAGAAGAAAAAGCAGUGGAUUCUCAAGGGGUGCUUCAAUGUACAGAGGCGUGACAAGACAUCACCAACAUGGUAGGUGGCAAGCUAGGAUUGGAAGAGUUGCUGGUAACAAGGACCUUUACCUUGGAACAUUCAGCACUCAAGAGGAAGCAGCAGAAGCAUAUGAUGUAGCAGCAAUAAAAUUCCGUGGAGCAAAUGCUGUCACAAAUUUUGACAUAUCUAAAUAUGAUGUUGAAAGGAUCAUGGCUAGCAAUACUCUUCUUUCAGGUCAGCAUGCAAGGAGAAUCAAAGAUAAGGAUCCACAGACCGAAGUUCAUGAAUAUAAUCAUAGUACUAAUGUAUCGAGCCAGACCAAUGGAGAAGCCGCUGAAGCGCAAAAGGACAACGAAAAUAAUGAUUCAAAAUGGAAGAUGGUUUUGCAACAACAGCAAUCAAAUAGUUGUGAUCAAAAAAUCAUUGUGAAUUCUGAUGGAAGUUACAAGAAUUCUGAUUACUCUAUGUCAUUACAAGACCUUGUUGGUAUUAAUUCAGUUGGUUUGGAUGAUUCUACCAAAAUAGGGACACAUUUUUCAAAUCCAUCAUCAUUGGUGACAAGUUUAAGUAGUUCAAGAGAAGCUAGUCCUGAUAAAACUGCUCCCUCACUACUCUUUCCAAAGCCUUCAAUGGAAUCAAAAAUUGCCACUAAUGUUGCUGUUAGUUCUUGGUUUCCUACACAAAUGAGGCCAGCAUCUUCAAUCAAUUUUUCACACUUCCCAGUUUUUGCUGCAUGGAAUGAGACCUAGAGAGAUUAUAUCUCCUUAUUACUAUGUUAUGACAAAAAAAAAGGGUAAAAAGGGAAAGAAAUUAUGUAUUGAAAAAACAUAUGGGGAUAUUUAUUUUUUAAAAAGGGUAGGUUGGGAAAUUUGGAGGAUUAAUGAAUGAAUGAAUGUAUGUUAGGACUUUUGGGGCCACUUUGUUUUCUUUAUGUAACACAAGGGUAACAUUCAUUGGCCUUAACAAACUUAGCCUUUUGGCUAUAUGUUGGAAUGAAUGAGAAUAUGCAUAUUGGAGGGAAAGAAUUAAUUAAAGGGGACACUAAUGAUUAAAUUCUGUGAAAUGAUGUUUGGAAAUA